AUGACAGAAAUAAUGGGAAAACACUACCUAGACAAUAAGAAUAAUAAUCUCAAGUUUGUCGGUAGUCUUAAUUCCGAUAAACGAAGGAGGGAUCUUAAAAAGAUUACAGAGGAAAACUCUGCAAUCCUUAAAAGAAUUCAAACCAAACAACCUGUAUACAACCAUUUGAAGUGGGAACAAGAAUGGAACAAAUCCAGAAAGUGGAUGAACGAUAAAACAACUGCACUUCAACCAAUCAAUCAAGGAGCUUACUAUCCAAUAAAUACAUCUGUAAGGAGGUCAAAGUCAUUUGAUGAGGACGAUUUUAGUGAUGAGGAACCAGAAACAGUUGAAGUUUAUGAAGGUAAUAACCAACAAUUUGAAGAAGAUUUCAAUCCAAACGAGGACUUUGUUGACCAACCAAAUGAAGGAGAACAAAGUAAUUUAGAGAAAGAACCUGAAGAAACCAAUCCUGCAGAAACUGAAGAUUCUCAAGAAUACGAAGCUUCUUUGGCCACUUUUGAUUAUGCAGACGAAUCAAAGGUGGACUUGAAUGAAACUAUCGAGGAAACAAAACAAGAAUCAAAACAAGAAACUACCACCACUACAGAAACCACUACUACUACCACAACAACUACAACCACCACAACCGAGGAAGUUAAAACUGAACGAAUCUCUGGAAAGUAUAAGGAAAAGUCUGGAAAGAUUUGGGCUGUCACAUCUUCCACUGCUUCAACAUUUGAGUUGUUAAAUGAACAGGACGGAAGAAAGGCUGAUGGUAAAUAUACUAAGGAUUCCUCAGGAAAUUAUUCCAUCACUUUUACUUUCCAUGACCCUAGUGGUGACUCUAUUUUGAACUCUGUAACAUCAAACCUUAAAACUAUUCCACUCAGUAAUGAAGACGCCUUCACAAAAGAAGAAUAA